GAGCGUUACAUCGCGCACCUCGACUCUCUGCAUUCUCCCACCGAGACGGACUAGGUAUGAAUUGACGCGCACCGUAACGCCGGAGAGCAUCCCGCCGUUCACGCGGCCCCGCCAAGCUCCGUUAAGCUCAAACCGCAAUUUCGCGUCAAAUACGUACAAAUAGGAAUGGAGUUCGGAGUAGGCGAUGUCGCCCAGAUAUCGGCAGAAUUGGCUCGAGUGGUCGAGAUGAUGAUGUCACCUAUCAUAUCUCAGCCACAACGUUUGGAAAUGUACAAUGCCUUUGAAAGAUUCAAGGAAUCUUCACCAUUGUGUGCACAGUGUGGCUUGUACUUGGCACAGAAAUCACCUGACAGAAGUCCAGUGGUGCGUCAUUUUGGUUUACAAUUAAUGGAACACUGCGUAAAAUAUCGGUGGACACAAAUCUCGCAAUCAGAGAAGAUCUUUAUCAAGGAGAAUGCAAUGAAAUUACUUCAAGAGGGUACCCAACCACUGCUACAGGAAGAGGCUCAUAUAAAGGAUGCUUUAUCGCGUGUGGUAGUCGAGAUGAUAAAACGAGAAUGGCCUCAGCAGUGGCCUACGCUGCUGGCUGAGCUCAGUCAGGCUUGUACACGAGGCGAGAGCCAGACUGAGCUUGUCUUGUUGGUUUUCCUUAGGCUAGUGGAGGAUGUAGCGCUUUUACAAACACUCGAGUCUAAUCAGAGAAGGAAAGACAUAUAUCAGGCAUUGACUACAAACAUGGCAGAAAUCUUUAGCUUCUUUCUGAGAUUAAUGGAGCAACACUUUUCAGAAUUUCAGAAGAAAAGUGCCUUAGGACAAACAUCCGAAGCUGCAGCACACAGUAAAGUCGUUCAGGUAGUGCUGUCCACGCUAACCGGAUUUGUCGAAUGGGUCUCUAUAAAUCACAUAAUGGCCGAAGAUGGAAGAUUAUUGCAGAUAUUGUGCCUCCUAUUAGGAGAUCCUAUAUUUCAGUGUUCGGCUGCAGAAUGUUUGCUUCAAAUUGUAAAUCGCAAAGGAAAAGCUGAAGAUCGUAAGCAGCUGAUGAUCCUUUUCUCGGAGGAGGCUCUGAGAUUUAUUUAUACUGCGGCUACUGCUCCACCAUCUCUAGCAGGACCUACAAAUUUUCAAGAAAAUCAUUAUCUAUUUCUGAAAAAGCUCACACAGGUACUGACUGGUAUGGCGACACAACUCUGCGCCUUAUGGGGAAAAGAUGACGCUUCUAGCAUACGACCGACGCAUUUUAAUCUCUUUCUGGAUACUGUGCUCACGUUUACCAUUUAUCCGAGUCUCACACUCACGCAUUUAGCUAACGCGAUUUGGGUAAUGCUAUUUAAGCAUGAACAGAUCAAGACAGACUCAUUGCUGCUUACAUAUGUGCCCAAGUAUGUAGAACACACCGCGCCCAAAUUAAUCCGUGUUACAUAUCCACAUGGUAGACAGAGUAACGGUAUGACCACGUACUGCCUUGUUGAUUACGAUUCGGAAGAGGAAUUCAAUAUAUUUCUGCAUCGCUUCAGAAUGGACUUAUUGGAGGGAUUUAGACACGCAACUAUGGUGGCACCUUUGGUAACAUUUAUGUAUGUGCAACAAUGGCUGACUGCCAAAAUUACCAAGGGUAUGGCGAACUUGCAGUAUAAGAGUGAUCAGAACGAUCGAGAAUAUCUUGAAUGGGAAGCUCUCGCGCUGGCACUAGACUCUGUCGUAUCUAGGAUCCUAUUGAUCAACGAGCGACCAAGUGUGCAAACCGGUCUACAGUUAUUGGAGCUCUGUCUGGGUUAUUCGCCACAAGAUCCUUGGCUACUGUCCACCCUGUUAUCCUGUAUAAGUGCUCUCUUUGUGUUCCUGUCGAUGUCAACAGGCUCGAUGGCUAUGCCGGGCGUCGCUAUUUUGCCGCGUGUUCUCGAGAAGAUCUUUGCCGCAUUGGUAUUCGAAGCACCUGGCGAGAACGAGCGUAAUCGUUUGCGGGCAGCUAAAAAUGUGAGACGACAUGCAGCUAGUCUCAUGGUAAAGAUUAGCCUCAAGUAUCCGUUAUUGUUGCUGCCAGUAUUUGAGCAAAUACACACAAUGGUGCGCAGUUUGACCCGUGAACCGAGCCCGCUGUCUCGAGUAGAGAGUGUCAUGCUAUAUGAGGCAUUGCUUCUCAUCUCUAAUCACUUUUGUGAUUAUGAAAGACAAACUCGAUUUGUCACGGAGGUGAUUGGCGAUGCAUCCAGCAAGUUCAUCGCGUUGGGCGUGGAAUGGUUUAAAGGACCGCUGGAGCUUAUGCAAUUUGUGGGACUGGACAGACCACCGGUGGAAAAUAUGCUGGAAGAUCCAGCCAGACGUAAUCGCAGUGAUCUCAUGAUGUGUAUUUGCACUGUAUUGAGCGUGGUCAAACGAUGCUCGAUUCCGGAAGAUCCCGAUCGUGCGGCCAGAGGUGGUUUCGUAGCCGCGCUUAGUGAGAGCGGCAAUCCGGUAUAUCGAAACCCAGCAACGCCGCAUGUGAUUCCUAUCCUGCCGACGCUCUUCUCGUUACUGCGAACGAUGAACGGUCUCUUCAGUCAUGCUGCUCUUGCUGCUCUAUCCGAGGGUUAUAAAAAUGCUUAUGGACUUUUGGAAUCAGAGAAGGCAAAUCUUCUGGGCGUUAACGUAACCAACGACAAUAAUAGUGAAACGGACCAGACCUCAAGUACUUCUCUGGUUCGGAUGCAAUCAUUCCUCAGUACGAUUCACGACCAAUGCUAUCAUAUGUUAGGCAGUGGCUGUCAUAUGAUCGGCCGAGAUUUCUAUCAAUUACCUGGACUCGCACAGGCCUUGUUGAAUUCUGUUUUCUCAAACAUGGAGAUGAUUCCAGACUAUAGACUACGACCGAUUAUACGUGUGUUCAUGAAACCAUUUAUAUAUUCAUGUCCUUCAGCUUUCUAUGAGAGCGUGCUAGUACCUGUGCUGGCUCAUGUAUCUACACACAUGUGUCAAAGAUUAAGUGCAAAGUGGCAAUAUAUAGCGCGUCUCUAUGAAUCUGGUAGUUUGGAUGAAGAAAAUACCGAUACGCAGGAAGUCAUCGACGACAUGCUUAAUAGGAAUUUGACGAGGGAUUUCGUCGAUGUGUUAAAAGUGGCUUUAGUCGGUGGAGCUGCUAGCGAUGCCGCUCCUCCAGAUACUAUGGAACAAGAUAGCGGAGGAAUGGCGGUGGAUCCACCUCUCGCGCGAGGGAACAGCAUCGUCGCCGAAGUCGUCAGUGAACUCGGGGCUUCUAUUUUACGUCAUCCGUCCACUUGUCACAGCAUCGUCUUAUGUGUAUUGGGAGCGCUCGCAUGGAAUGAUUCAAAUGCAAGUCUCAAAGCUACGAUGUUGACUGGGCCUGUGGUCCGAGCACUAGCUGCCGACGGCAGUUUGACUCCUUCUAUGGCAGCGCACAUUAUGGUCGCAGUUCUUCAAGGUUUACAACUACAUGGUCAGCACGAGGCUAAUCAAGGUUCUCUUAUUACUUUGGGUGCUCAAGUCUAUGAAUGUCUCAGACCUAAAUUUCCGAACAUCAUCGAAGUAAUGCAGCAAAUUCCGGGGAUCAAUCCCACCGAUUUGCAACGCUUCGACGAGAAAAUGUCAGUAGUCAGCACGAAAGGUAACAAAGUUGAAAAGGGAAAGAAGGACCUCUUCAAGAAAAUUACUAAUCAGCUUAUCGGCAGAAGCGUAGGUCAAUUGUUUCGCAAGGAAGUCAAAAUAGACAAUUUACCGCGAAUAGAGGUAUCUGGUAAGUCUCACUCGGUGCGCGUGGACGAGAUCUCGAAGAAUGCUGCUGAUACGGGAAUAACAGCAUUAUUUGCUGGAUCUACGUAGCAGACGGUUUUAGACAGUCACAUUUUGCAUAGAUGGUCUAAUUCAAUAAAUAAUUAUAAGUUAUUGUAAAAAAGUUUCUUCAAAAAUGGUCAUAGAAUGGCGUAAAGAAAGAAUGCUCAAACUACUGAAAUAGUGCGUUUCUUUUUAAAAAAAAAA